AAUUUAUAACGAAGAAAUCCGAAGCUGGUUGUCAAUUCGAAUGUAACAGGUGCUCGAUCUAAAUACUGACCUCAGACGUGCUGUCAUGUUGACCAGACAAGACAGUUUAUAAUAUUUAUCUAAAAUAUAUAGAAUUAUGUCGACAGAUAUUUUGUCAAGUAUUAUAAAAUUCAAUGCCCAAACAAAUGGGAGGGAUAAAGUAUGCAGGUUGUUCCAGUAUGGAUGUAGGCUAGCAUGGGGAAGGUUACAACACAAAGAUAAGAAGGAGUUACUACAGACAAUCAAGAAUGUUGAGUCAAUGCUUAGUAUGACCAGGAAAUUAUUGCGAUUUGGAAAGAGUUUGGAUUUUCUUCAAGGAGCUCUAAAGAGUAUCCAUAUAAAAGAUACAGUCCUCAGAUUGACUUUAACUCUGUCAAAGAUCAACCAAGCUUUCUAUCUCCUCUUUGAUCAUAUCCUAUGGUUUAACUCAGUUGGUGCCAUAAAAGUAGACCGAGAGUACUGGGGAAAAAUUUCAGCUAGGUUCUAUUUGGCUACGCUCUUAUUGAACUCAAUUCGUGACUUGUAUGGAAUUUACUGCGUUAUACAAGAAGAGCUUACUGUAAGAAAGAAACUGUCUUCAAGCAGGUACAAGAAUGGCGACACAAAUUAUCAGUCUCUUAAUCGUAGACCUGCGACCAUGUUAGAAAUAACACAACAAAAUAUCCCUCUUGUUCUAGAUACUGUAAAAAAUUUCUUUGACUUACCAAUUCCAUUAUGUACACUGAAGUACAUGCAGUUAUCGGCAACAAAACAAGGUAUUUUUGGACUUAUAUCCUCAGUUGUAGCUGUGGCAACUGUCUGGAACCCAAAUCUUAAAAUAGUGCCAUCAUAAAAGUCCAGUAACUUCUCAAAUAUAUAACUAUCUGAGAGAUUCCUAUGCUGUCAUUCCAUGUCAUGACCCCCUUAUACAUGUUAUAGGCAUUGGUUAACCUUUUUAGCUCACCUGUCACAAAGUGACAGGGUGAGCUUUUGUGAUCGCUUUUCGUCCGGCGUCCGUCCGUCCGUCGUCCGUCCGUAAACUUUUACUUUAAAUGACAUCUCCUCAUAAACCACUAAGCCAAUUUCAUCCAAACUUAACAGGAAUGUUCCUUUGGUGGUCACCUUUAAAAAUUGUUCAAAGAAUUUAAUUCCAUGCAGAACUCUGGUUGCCAUGGCAACCGAAAGAAAAAACUUUAAAUAUCUUCUUUUAAAAAACCAUAAAAGCUAGAGCUUAGAUAUUUGGCAUGAAACAUCUUCUAGUGAGUGUCUACCAAGUUUGUUCAAAUAAAAGCCCUGGGGUCAAAAUUGGCCCCGCCCCAGGGGGUCAUUGAUUUUCCCUAUAUGCAUAUAGUAAAAACUUAAAAAAUCUUCUUUUAAAGAACUCAAAGAGCUAUGGCUAAGAUAUUGAGCAUCAAACAUGUUCUAAUGGGUGUCUACCAAGUUUGUUCAAAUAAAAGCCCUGGGGUCAAAAUUGGCCCCGCCCCUGGGGGUCAUUGAUUUUCCCUAUAUGCAUAUAGUAAAAACUUAAAAAAUCUUCUUUUAAAGAACUCAAAGAGCUAUGGCUAAGAUAUUGAGCAUCAAACAUGUUCUAAUAGGUGUCUACCAAGUUUGUUCAAAUAAAAGCCCUGGGGUCAAAAUUGGCCCCGCCCCAGGGGGUCAUUGAUUUUCCCUAUAUGCAUAUAGUAAAAACUUAAAAAAUCUUCUUUUAAAGAACCCAAAGAGUUAGAGCUAAGAUAUUUAGCAUGAAACAUGUUCUAAUAAGUGUCUACCAAGUUUGUUCAAAUAAAAGCCCUGGGGUCAAAAUUGGCCCCGCCCCAGGGGGUCAUUGAUUUUCCCUAUAUGCAUAUAGUAAAAACUUAAAAAAUCUUCUUUUAAAGAACCCAAAGAGUUAGAGCUAAGAUAUUUAGCAUGAAACAUGUUCUAAUAAGUGUCUACCAAGUUUGUUCAAAUAAAAGCCCUGGGGUCAAAAUUGGCCCCGCCCCGGGGGGUCAUUGAUUUUCCCUAUAUGCAUAUAGUAAAAACUUAAAAAGUCUUCUUUUAAAGAACCCAAAGAGCUAGAGCUAAGAUAUUUAGCAUGAAACAUGUUCUAAUGGGUGUCUAUCAAGUUUGUUCAAAUGAAAGCCCUGGGGUCAAAAUUGGCCCCGCCCCAGGGGGGUCAUUGAUUUUCCCUAUAUGCAUAUAGUAAAAACUUAAAAAAAUCUUCUUUUAAAGAACUCAAAGAGCUAUGGCUAAGAUAUUGAGCAUCAAACAUGUUCUAAUAGGUGUCUACCAAGUUUGUUCAAAUAAAAGCCCUGGGGUCAAAAUUGGCCCCGCCCCAGGGGUGUCAUUGUUUUUAACUAUAAUGUGUAUAGUAAAAACUUUAAAAAAAUCUUCUUCUAAAAAGCCCAAUGAGCUAGAGCUGAGAUGUUUAGCAUGAAACAUCUUUUUAUGGGUGUCUACCAAGUUUGUGCAAAUAAAAGCCCUUGGGUUAAAAUUGGCCCUGCAACGUUGUGGGU